CUCUCUGAAACCUUGGCAGCUUCGUUGCAUUACUGCACUUUUACUAAUUCUUUCAGUAAACCAGGAGGAAAACCACGACACAGGACUUCCCGUCACUACUUUACUAGACUAAGGCAUCAUUUAUUGGUUCCCUGCGUCCGGAUAAACUCGUCUUGCUGCACGUUGAAGCUUCUCAAACUAGCUUAGUUUAGCUUGUUAGCCACUUACAAAGAGACGCGUUUGUCAUCAACACAUCGAGAAGUGGAGAUCUGGCGUGAGUGUCAAGUGUUGUGAAUAUCGUGUGAAAAUGUGCACAAGAAGUGUGAAAGAAGAAUACGAGGAGGAAGUUUCUGGAACAAAAGUGGAGAACGAGCGACAACGUCAUCUGCUGGACGCUGUUUUCAAGAAGCCUCAUCAGGAAACAUACAGAGCAGAUGUCAGCGACGAAUGUAUUCGUCUUAAGAUGCAGGAGCCAGAGCCUCUUCAAAUUAAAGAAGAAGAGGAGGAGGUUGAUGUCGCCGAGUUUCCAUUGACUGUAAUUGUGAAGAGUGAAGAUUAUGAUGAUGACGACGAUGAUGAUGAAGACGAUGAAGACGAUGAUGAUGAAGGUGAUGGAGACCAUUGUGGAGGAUCACAAGCAGACGGACUCUUAGCGCCGCUAUCAGACAGUGACAACACAUCGUCACACUCUCCUGACACGGGUGAUGAUGAGGAACACUCUAAAAGUGAUAAGAAAUGUCACACUGACAACCAUCAAGUCAAAUGUUUGCAGUGUGGGAAAACAUUUAGUUCAAAGUGGAAUUUGAAGGUUCACUUUAGAAGUCACAAAGGAGAGAAACCUUUCACCUGCUCAGAUUGUGGUAAAAGAUUUGCGAAUAAGGGAAAUUUGAACGCGCACACAAGAAUACACAGUGGGGAAAAACCUUUUUCCUGCUCAGUUUGUGGUCUUAGAGUAACUCAGAAGAGUGGUUUAACAACUCACAUGAGAAUACACACUGGGGAAAAACCUUUUGCAUGCUCAGUAUGUGGUAAAAGCUUCUCUAUAAAGGGACAUUUGAAAAGACACACGAGAACACACACUGGAGAAAAGCCCUUUGCCUGCUUAGUUUGUGGUAAAAGAUUCUCUAUAAAGGGACAUUUAAGAACGCACACAAGUAUACACACUGGUGAAAAGCCUUUUGCCUGCUCAAUCUGCACCUUUAGUUUCAGUGAACGUUCAAAAUUGGUUAAACACAUGAGAACACACUCUGGAGAGAAACCUUUUCCAUGCUUAGCUUGUGGUAAGAGAUUCUCUGCAAAGACAAGUUUAGUAAGGCACACGAGAACGCACGCUACAGAAAACCAUGUUGCCUGCUCGGUCUGCAAUUUAACUUUCAGUGAUCGUUCCGGAUUGACUGAACACAAGAGAACACACACUGGAGAGAAGCAUUUUUCCUGCUCAGUAUGUGGUAAAAGAUUCACUCAAAGAGUACACUUGACAUCGCAUGCAAGAAUACACACUGGUGAGAAACCAUUCAGUUGCAGUGUGUGUGAGAAAAGAUUCACUCGCAAGGAUCAGGUUAAGAGACACAAGUGUGCUGGUGAGAAGAGCAGCAGUCAAUGACGCUAAUGAAACAAGCUAAGUGUAUAUGUGAUCCUGAAUAAAAGUCUUCAAACAG